GGCAAGUAUCGAAAACUAUCAAAUUUUUAUUUGUGACAACACGAAUUUAUAUUCUCAGAGGCAUUGACGACGAAAUGAGAGAUGACAUGAGGUGAUAAACAACAGAGUGUUUAUUCGAUUUAUUCCUCAAACACGAUUGGAAGAAAACCGAUAAACAAACACAUUACACAAGGAACAGUCUGUUAAUGGCAGGUGUCACCAGCUCAUUCCAAAUCCUGCAGUCUAUAAAUCUUAAACCUCCCACUCCAUCAAUCCCCACAAACUCAUAAACCCUCAAUUUUCUACACCUCAACUGUAAAUCAACAAAAUAUGGCUGUUGAAGAAGCAAAGAAGGUAGAGGUCGAACCCGAGUGCGUGGCUGAGCCACCGCCUCCUCCUCCACCCACCGUCGUGGAGAACACACCUCCCGUUCCUGAGGAAAAACCCACCGAUGAAGCCAAAACCGUUUCCGUUGAAGAAAAGUCAGAGCCUUGCGAGGAGAAACCAACAGAGGGUUCGGUGGACAGAGAUGUUGUCCUAGCUCGAGUCGCAACAGAGAAGAAAGGCGCACUCAUCAAAGCAUGGGAAGAGAGCGAGAGAUCCAAAAUCGAUAACAAAGCCGAGAAGAAGCUAGCUGCCAUUGGAGCAUGGGAGAACAGCAAAAGAGCAGAACUGGAAGCUGAAUUGAAAAAGAUCGAGGAGACUCUGGAGAAGAAAAAGGCUAAAUACAUAGAGAAGAUGAAGAACAAAGUAGCUCUCCUUCACAAAACAGCAGAAGAAAAGAGGGCAAACACAGAAGCCAAACGUGGAGAAGAUGUAUUGAAAGCAGAAGAGCUUGCAGCUAAGUGUCGUGCUACUGGAGCUACCCCUAAGAAACUACUCAGAUGGUUUUCUAAAUAACAAAGCUUCUUUGCAAAUCUUUUAAAGUUUUGUUUAUUUGUGUAUUGUAAAAGAUUGAUUUCAUGAUUUCAUGUUUUGAUUAUUAUUAUUUUUUGUGUGCAUUUUGUACCUAGAACAAAAUAAAAUAUAUACAUAUGUAACAACCAAGUUUCAAAAGUAACAUUUCUAUCAAGAAGUUUCAGAUUCCUAACAAGUCUUAGAGUAAAUAAGUAAGAAGGAUUACCGAUUACAAACAACCAAACAUUUUCUAAGCCGAAUUAUCAUUUAAAUAUUCUAGAUAUUCCCCUUCAUUUGGAAAAUCAAGCAACAGGUCCAACGUUAUAUCAGAUGAUUUCUCUGUUUUAUAAGAGUUUGGAGAGUAGGAAUUACUAUUCGUCCCCUCCUCAGCUUGCAUUGUAAUCACCGAUUCCGAUUCCACUUUAAUCACCAAUUCCAAUUCCUUUCCUCUUUGAAACGCAUCACCACCUACAGAAUUCCAUGCUUUCAUAAAGUAGUCACAAUCGCCUCCACCAGUAACAAUGGGAUCCAUCGCCUCCACCCUGGCACUCUCCCAUUCUGCCAUGUGGCUGGUUGACAAGAGCUUGGGUUUUAUAUCUUCUGCUGACAUGGAAUCUGAGUUGGCUUGUAAAUUUGGGAUGCGUUUCCUUAAAUGAGAGUUCCAGUAGUUUUUUAUCUCGUUGUCUGUUCUUCCUGGCAGCCUUGAUGCUAUAGC